AUGCUGGUGUCUGCUCUGGAUCUGCAGUUACCUGGUAACAAUCAGCCUCGAUGCGCUGGGAUCUCAAGAGGUAAACACUUUGUUCUUGGCUUUAUUGAUGGUUACGGUAGCAGAGACAUCGCAUCCAGGGAGCUGUUUAUUUUGGUGGUGGCGUUCAGUUAUCAGCAAACGACAGUCACCAUCAGUAGCAAGCACGAAAUAGCAGGGAAACCAUUCCAGGAAACCUUUGUGAUCGAUUCAGGUGGAUUUAUCAGGACCAACAUACCAGUUGAACUCUUGAUGGAAAACACUGAGAGAAGCCAAAAGGUGCUGGAAAUUUCAGCAAGCUCUGAUGUUUCUGCUUACGGGCUGAUGUAUCAAUAUCGCACCACUGACGGUUUUCUCGGUAUACCCACAAACAAUCUCGGCAUGCAAUACGUGGUGACGACGUCAAGUCCAAGAGUUGACCACCGUUCGCAGUUCGCUGUACUUGGGACAGAGGAGUCCACUUUGGUCCAGGUUACUUUACGAGGAGCUGUAACAUUCGAAGGACAGAGCUACAGUCCGGGUGAUGUGUUGGGAUUCACUGUCGAUGACCUAGAGGCCGUUCAAAUCCAAGGUAAUAGGUUGGUAGAUUUAACGGGAAGUAUCAUUCAGAGUGACAAACCAGUUGCUGUGUUCAGUGGCAAUGAAUGCACAAACCACGCCGGUUCAUUUUGUGACAGGGUGACUGAGCAAUUGGUACCCGUUAAGAGCUGGGGACAGAAACACAUCUACACCGCAGCCCGAAGUGACGAUGACAACAUCUACCGCAUUGUUGCUUAUUUCAGCGAAACUAAUCUCACCAUCCCCGGUCUUGAACACCGGUUGUUGGGACCGGGACAAUUUUGGGAAGGGCGUCUUUCGGGUUCCGGCCUCGUUAGGUCAAGCAAACCAGCUCUAAUGAUGCAGCAGUUGGCGUCCAUCAAUGGUAUCACAGUCGACCCCUCCAUCAUUCAGGUUCCUGCAGAAGAACACUUUGGUUUUGUGUUUCGAUUCACGACACCUCCUUAUUCUGGAGCUGAUUCCGGUGGUGGUUACUACAAUUUCAUCAAUAUCAUUGUGAAAAAUGAAUCUCGACAAACUGUGCAUCUUAAUAGUUUUCCCAUCAACGGCACCAAUGCGCUUGUAAGCGAUGUUCCUCACACUAGUUACAUAUCGCUUACAGUUCAACUUCCAAAAGGUGAAGGUGUCUACUACGUCGAGCAAACAGAUCCGUAUUCAUCACCCCUGUCUGUCAUUGUCUAUGGAUAUGGAUUCCAACAAACCUAUGGCUAUGCCGCUGGUCUGUCUCUCCCCAGCAAUAAACAACUGCUGAGUUUGACACCGUACUAUUUGCGAGAACUUGGUGGCGAGCUUUUCACAAUGACUGUUCCCUGUUUGCAAACAAAUGCUAUAUCUUUUCAAGACGCCAAGUGCAAAUUUUCCACUGGCUUUGGAGACGUCAUUGUUUCUGGUGAACGCACCGACUCUUACACCGUUGUCUGUAUCACCCCAACCUUUUACAAGAACGGACUUACAUCUGUCUACGCAUCACUUGACGACGGCGAAUCAUUUCCAUACUCCGGCAUUGUGUACGUUGCAUCUGAAGAGGAUCUACCGCCACUCGUUCAAAUACAACGGGUGAAUUCUAUGUAUGGAGAUGGCAUCAUUGAUCUAACCUCAGAUGAUCCGAUCGUGUUCUUCUGGGAUCCUAGAAGUCUUGAUGAAGGAGUAUCACAUGUGACUGUUAUGAUGCAAGACACAGAUUACGACAGCGAUGGGAAUCCAGUCUUGAUGGAAGGUGUUGCUGUGAAGAGCAAUGUCUUGAACAACGGUAGUCUGAUGAUAUAUCCAAGAGCCCUUCAAUCCCUCACCAGUGAUGGUUUGUCACUCACAGCAUUUUAUCUUACUCCGUCUGGAUUGAGAAGACGAAGAAAUGUGGGAGCUUUGUUGCGGCGCUUAAGAUAUUAUGGUCCUGCUGCAAUUAUAGUUGGUGUUACUGCAAUCACCUGUGAAGUUUCAAAGUACCAGUUAAAGAAAAAUGUGCCUACAGGACUGCCUUCAUCUCCUUGCAACACAGAACAAGCUGACCGAGACCAGAACUUCCAGGAGGCGAAUUUUGCGAAUUGGUUCUUCCAUGAGGGUGCCGAGAAAUGUUAUCGGUCUGUUAAUUCAUUACCAACUGGAGCAGGUCAACAAAGUUGUUACGGAACAGACGGUAACAUCCUGGCAGUUCCGCCUGGGGGAGGAACAGCCGAUAGGUACAGUCCAGGAGAGCAUUUCUGGAAGCAUCAAUGGUUCGAUGUUCUUCCUUGGCUUUGCUUAUGCAAACUGUCAAACAACUGUAAAGAAUAUUACAAGUACAGGCCAUCGGAUGAUUGUUCUGACUACGACCCACCUCGACCGGCUGGGGGCACUGGGGAUCCCCAUCUCACAAGUCUGGAUGGGUACAAGUUCACCUUCAACGGAGCCGGGGAAUUCCUGAUGGCGUCAUCUGCAGUACAUAACUUGACCUUUCAAGCCCGUAUGGAGAGGUACCGCAACACCAACGCAUCUGUGUACACGGCAUUUGUUCUCCAAACCAACGAUUCCUCAAAAGUCCAGGUACAGAUGUCUAACAUGAACGAGACACUGAUUCUUGUAGAUGGUGAGCCGUUGCGUCUUGACUCCAUCCCAGUCAAAGUUCAUCACCUCAGAGGUGUUCGGAUCCGCUUCAACUCUGAGAUGACCAAAAUCAACAUAGCAUUCAGUGCUGGCAUCGCUGUCACCGUGUACAUAGAUACCGAGGUGAUGUCUUUCAUCGUUCAACUUUACACUCAUUUCCAGGGUCGAGUUCAAGGACUUCUUGGAAACCUAAACGGAAACCCAGAUGACGACCUUCAGUUCCCAAACGGAACCAUUCUGGAGCCUGGUUCUUCGCUGAAGGAACUUCACGAGUAUGGUUUGGAGUGGUUGGUGGCUCAAGAGGAGUCCAUAUUCACCUACAGUUCCCCCUUUGACUACAGCACAUACCACUUUCCUGAGUUUUCCCCGACCUUCGAGAUUCCUGAUCUGAACGAAGUGAGUCAGGAAAUCAAGGAUCUGUGUGGUGAUUCCAUUGAGUGUGUCUUUGAUGCGGUAAUCACCGGCAGCAUGUCUUUUGCUAACGAGACUCUCAUGGUGACAGUCACAAUAACUGAAGUCCAGAAAGGAUUGGUCAAGAUUGUCAGUUGUGGCUACCCGGGUGAUGUGGAGAACGGAUUGCUGUCCGGGUCUGUGUAUUUCGUGAAUGCCACUGUGGAUGUGGCUUGUGAUGAUGGCUUCACCUUGACAGGGUCUUCCAAAUUGACCUGCCUUGAGGAUGGUCAGUGGUCGUCUGAUCUCCCUGUUUGUGCUGUCGACUGUGGCUACCCGGGUGAUGUGGAGAACGGAUUGCUGUCAGGGUCUGUAUAUCUCGUGAAUGCCACUGUGGAUGUAGCUUGUGAUGAUGGCUUCACCUUGACAGGGUCUUCCAAAUUGACCUGCCUUGAGGAUGGUCAGUGGUCGUCUGAUCUCCCUGUUUGUGCUGUCGACUGUGGCUACCCGGGUGAUGUGGAGAACGGAUUGCUGUCAGGGUAUGUAUAUCUCGUGAAUGCCACUGUGGAUGUGGCUUGUGAUGAUGGCUUCACCUUGACAGGGUCUUCCAAAUUGACCUGCCUUGAGGAUGGUCAGUGGUCGUCUGAUCUCCCUGUUUGUGCUGGCAUGGAUAAUGGCGAGGAGGGAGGACUAGCUCCUGGUAUUAUAGCUGGUAUUGUUGUUGGUGCCGUGAUUGCUGUACUUGCAAUCUGGGGUCUGAUUUACAUUUUCAUCAAAAGUUUCAACAACAGAAGAAAGACUCGUCUUGAAACAGAUACCACCGCACAAACCACAGUUUCUUUACAGCUGGAUAACACUGUAGAGGUAUCGCGAGAGCAGUGGUAAUUUAUUUGUUUGUUAUCCCGAUCAUUAUAGCCAAAUCAACACACUAAGUAAAGUAAAUUGGUAAAAUUUUAAUCGCGCUUAUAAUAGGUCGGGCCUAGACCUUAAAGCCAGCUUAUCAGAUAGAAUUUCGCUCAGAUUACCAAGACAACAUAUGAAGUGAAUUGCUCAGAUUACCUGCGUAUAAUAGCAAGGAUAGGAGUCUGGAUCUGAUGCAUAUUUGUGUUAUUGGGUGGUUUUAAGCAGUAUAGUCCUCGUAGCUCUCGUUACACAUGUACAGCGAUUAUUAGCCAAGGUGGGAGGUUAAAUGUAGAAUGUAAGAAUAUGAAUCUUGUUAAUUAUAAUUCAUAACACAAACAUUUAAAUGAUGUACUUCUUAAGAGGCAAUCAUGUUGUGAAACAGGUUCCUUUCAACAGGCAAGUCAUAUACUUUAAAGCGAUAAAAAGAAACAAAACCCAAGCAUUGUUUCAGUAAAAGUAAGCAGAAUUUGUUAUAAAAUCAAGUAACCGUAUAAAUGGUUUGUUGUGAAAAUAAAUUGAGUUCUGAAAACAACAGUUAUGCAUGUUUCAUAUAUCAACAUGUUAUGUAUACCAAUUUUUGUAUGUAGAAAUGAUUGCUCUUGUUACGUCGUUACAAUAUACGGAAUGUAGUUUUAUAUCGUUUAUGAGCUUUAUGAUGUUAAUGGCUGUAUAGUGGUGUCUUAAACUUUGCUUAACGGAAACUUUACCAAUAACUGUUUUCUUAGACUUUUCUUGAGAGUAAGUUUAUUUUAAGAUCUUUAUAAGUUAAUUGCAAAAGGUACUGAUUGAUUUCAGGAUUUAAUAACAAGAGAAAAUAUCGGCUCAGUUCUUCAUUUUAGAUUACACAGAUUUUUUAACCACCGGUUGCGUUUGUUUACGUCUGUAUAUAGUGUUGGAAUUUGAAAUGUUCACUUAAAAUCAAAUAUUGUAGUUAUGUAUAAAUACUUAGAUUGUGACUAAUGUGGUUGAGUUAAUUAAUGAAGGGUUUUUAAUCGAGAAUGAAGACUGACAACUAGUUAAAGGAGCAGGACAUGAAUUUUGCUUGGGAACAUAACUUUCUUUUCCUCUUAAUACAUGAAAAUUAUUUGAAUUCCAUUGUUGGUUAACAUUGUUUCAAAGUGAACUUCUUUAAACAUUUAAGAUGUUCCAUGCAUUUGAGGGCGCUCUUGCUGUGUAGCCACUUCAGGAACACCCUCUUCAGCUUAGGGUUUUUCUGUUCAAAUUGUUAAGCAAAAAACGAGCUCAUUGAAAACGUUUGUGAGAAAAGUUUGCCCAUUGACUUUAUUACUGUUAUGUAUUGAAAAAUCAACGAAUUACCUAAAAUAUAAAACCCAAAUUUACGACAACAAAAUAUCCAACAUUCUGGCGACAGUUGGUGCUGAAAUAGCUGUAAUAUUGUGGUUUCUGCCUAAAGUGACAUCACGAAUUUGCUCAUGAAUACGGAAAUAGCAACAAAACCUUACAAAUCUUAAGGUGAAAUUACCCUUGAAAAUGGCAAAAUGAAAAUUGAAUAUGAGCAUAAACGACAAAAGUGCAUCUUUAAGGACUGCAUGAAAACAUUAUAUAUUUCACGGGCCCUCUAAAAAAGAAAACUGUUUUAGCCAAGAUCACAUCGAUAUUGAUUACAGCAAAUUAAACGCAAUAGAUAAAAGUUGAACAAGCCAUUUUUUGGAAUAUGUAAUUUUUACUGUCAUCGUGAAUUUUUUCUCGAAGGUUUAUAUGGACAAACGCAACAUUUUACUACU